AUGGCGCAUUUCUCCCGCGAAGACGAGACGAUGCUGCAGGCAAUGCUGAGGCAACUGUUACAGAGCGUGAAGGAGAAAAUCACGGGCGCUCCCUCCCUGGAGUGCGCCGAGGAGAUCCUGUUACAUCUGGAGGAAACGGAUGAAAAUUUUCACAACUAUGAAUUUGUGAAAUACCUUAGGCAACACAUAUGCAACACUUUGGGGUCUAUGAUUGAAGAAGAAAUGGAAAAAUGCACAUCUGAUCAGAAUCAGAGUGAAGAAUCUGGCUAUGAUACAGUUGUACAGCAUGUUACUAAAAGAACGCAGGAAUCUAAAGAGUACAAAGAAAUGAUGCAUUCCUUGAAGAACAUCAUGAUGGUAGUGGUUGAAUCUAUGAUUAACAAAUUUGAAGAUGAUGAGAUAAGAAUUAAAGAGAAGCAGAAAAAAAUCCAAAAGGAGAAAAGCAGUAGUUACUGCACAGACAAUUGCUCUGAUAGUGAUUCAUCAUUCAACCAGAGUUACAAGUUUUGUCAAGGAAAAUUACAGUUAAUAUUAGAUCAAUUGGAUCCUGGGCAACCUAAAGAGGUGCGCUAUGAAGCCCUGCAAACAUUAUGUUCAGCUCCUCCUUCUGAUGUUUUGAACUGUGAAAACUGGACCACUCUCUGCGAAAAACUGACAGUUUCUCUUGCAGAUCCUGAUCCUGUAUUUAGUGACCGGAUUUUAAAAUUCUAUGCACAGACGUUUACACUUUCACCGUUACACAUGACUAAAGAAAUUUAUACAAGUUUAGCUAAACAUUUGGAGUUAUACUUUCUUUCUAGAGAAAAUCAUAUUCCUACUCUUUCAACUGGUGUAGAUAUAACUAAUCCUAAUGUGAGCCGUUUACUUAAAAAGGUUCGUCUUCUAAAUGAGUAUCAGAAAGAGGCUCCAUCUUUCUGGAUUCGUCAUCCAGAGAAGUAUAUGGAGGAAAUUGUGGCAAGUACUCUGUCAUUGCUAUCAGUUAGACAUGAUCCAAGCCAUCUGCUCUCACAAAAGAUUUUGGAUCCAAUUUACUUUCUUGCAUUAGUUGAUGCCAAGGCUGUGUGGUUCAAAAAAUGGAUGCAUGCGUAUUAUAGUAGAACUGCACUUUUAAGACUUCUUGAAAAGAAAUACAAGUCUUUGAUAACCACAGCAGUUCAGCAGUGUGUUCAGUACUUGGAAUUGUGUGAGAUCAUGAAAGCUGAUGGAAGUCUAAGACAUUCAAAGCAUUGUGGGAACAAACAGAAAAACGUCUAUUACACAGGACAAGAGUUACAGUAUAUUUAUUUCAUUCACUCACUGUGCCUUUUAGGAAGGUUAUUGAUCUAUACACAAGGCAGAAAACUAUUUCCUAUAAAGUUAAAGAAUAGAAAAGAUCCAGUAUCCCUUACAGAUCUACUGGUUCUGUUUACCAAGCUGAUCUACUGCUCACCAAGUUGUCCAAAGAUGAUAUCCACUGGAACUUCAGAGAAUUACUCUCCUGCAAGUAUGGUCUCUGAAGUUCUGUGGAUUCUCUGUGAUCAGAAAGAAUGUGCAGUUGAAUGUUUGCAUAACAACACUGUGAUAGAGGCACUUCUUCAGCCGAUUUAUGAUAUAAUGAAAGGAACUGAGGCUGCUUCACAUUGCUCGGAAACAGCUUUAAUUUAUAUAGCUGAUAUCUUGGCAAGAAUUGCAUCUGUAGAAGAAGGUCUUAUAUUACUUCUUUAUGGAGAGAAUAUGAACUCUUCCAAAGAAGAAAAUCCUACAGGUGCUCAUACAAUUGCUCAGUUUACGAAAAAACUUCUUGAUGAAGAUAUUCCUAUUUUUUCUGGAUCAGAGACGUUGCCUGAGGUUACAGGGGCUUUUAUUUCCAUAUGCCGUCAAAUAUAUGGUACAUGUGAAGGCUUGCAGGUGUUAAUUCCUUAUAGUUUACAUGAAUCUAUAGCAAAAGCAUGGAAAAAGACAAGUUUGUUGUCAGAAAGAAUUUCUACCCCAGUAGGAGGUUCUGAUUCUGCUGCUUCAGUCAACCAGCCAUCCCAGAACAUUAUGGCUUGGGAAGAUAAUUUAUUAGAUGAUUUACUAAAUUUUGCUGCCACCCCUAAAGGACUACUACUUCUUCAAAGAACAGGUGCUAUAAAUGAAUGUGUGACGCUAAUGUUCAACCGAUAUGCAACAAAAUUGCAGAUCAGCAGGCAUAGAAAGUUUGGCUAUGGAGUUAUGGCUACUCAAGUGGCAUCAACAGCAGCAGGGGCGGUAGCAUUACGAAGUUCAGGGUUUAUUAAUGCACUUAUAACUGAAUUAUGGGCCAAUCUGGAAUGUGGAAGAGAUGAUGUUAGGGUAACCCAUCCUAGAGCUACUCCAGUGGACCCUAUUGACCGAAGCUGUCAAAAGUCUUUUCUAGCACUGGUGAAUUUAUUAUCCUAUCCUGCUAUUUAUGAGCUGGUAGGCAAUCAAGAACUACCUAAUAAAACUGAAUAUUCUCUUCGUGAGGUCCCGACAUGUAUUAUUGAUAUUAUUGAUAGACUUAUAAUUUUGAAUUCUGAAGCUAAGAUUCGUUCUUUAUUUAAUUAUGAACAAUCACAUAUCUUUGGACUAAGAAACUUCAUAAUUGAUGGCUUAUCAGUAGAGAGAAAUCAUGUUCUUGUUAGGAUAAAUGUUAUUGGUGGACCAUUAGAACGGAUUUUGCCUCCAAGGAUACUACAGAAGGGUAAUGACCCAUAUCCAUGGCCAAUGUUUUCAUCAUCUCCUUUGCCAAACUGCUAUCUUUCAGAAGUUGCAAGAAAUGCUGAUAUAAAACAAGAUAAUGAGCUUAGCAAGCUAUUAUUACGCUUCAAAAUUUUUGAUAAACAAACUGAGUGGAUAGAAAACUGCCGAAAACAGUUUUGCAAAAUAAUGAAGACCAAACCUGAUAUAAUCAGUGGAGCUGCUUUGGCAGAAUUACUAGAAAAGUUUGUGUUUCAUCUUUCUGAAACCUCAUCUGAAUGCUAUUUCCCUUCAGUGGAAUAUACAGCUACUGAUGCAAAUGUGAAGAGUGAAAAUCUUUCAUCUGUGCAGCAGCUUGGCAUUAAAAUGACUAUCAGGUAUGGCAAGUUCCUCAACCUAUUAAAAGAAGGUGCAGAAAAUCAUCUUUCCUUGCUUUUAAAGCAUUGUGAGAGAUUCCUUAGACAGCAGCAAGCUCCCAUAAAAUCUUCUCUUCAUAUCCUUUUUAAGUGAAUUCAUAUGUUGUGCCUGCAGGCGACUUAUGUUGGCCAUGACUGGUUUGUGUCUUCUCUGUUCAUGAUAAUGUUGGGGGACAAAGAGAAAGCAUUCCAGUUUCUUCAGAGGUUCUCCCGGCUUCUGACUUCUGCUUUCCUUUGGUUGCCACGAUUGCAUGUUUCUAGGUACCUACCUGUUGACACUACAGAAACUGGCAUCCAUCCGAUAUUUUAUUGCAGCACUCACUAUAUUGAAAUGCUCCUGAAGGCUGAAGUGCCACUUGUGUUUUCUGCUUUCCACAUGUCUGGUUUUGCACCAUCACAGAUUUGCCUUCAAUGGAUAACUCAGUGUUUUUGGAAUUAUUUAGAUUGGAUAGAAAUUUGCCAUUAUAUUGCUACUUGUAUUUUCCUUGGUCCUGAUUAUCAAGUGUAUAUCUGUAUAGCUGUUUUCAAACAUCUGCAACAAGACAUUCUGCAGCACACUCAGACUCAAGAUCUACAGGUUUUCCUAAAAGAAGAAGCACUGCAUGGAUUUCGAGUGAGUGAUUACUUUGAAUACAUGGAAAUGUUGGAGCAAAACUACAGACCAGUGUUGCUGAAAGACAUGCGGAACAUUAGAAUGCAGAGCACAUAG